CUUCCCGUGGCGCGGGCACGUCACAGCCGGCGCUGCCGCCCCGCCCGCGGCCCGGCCGAGCUCCGCAGGCCUCCUCUGAGUUUCUGGUGGGGUAAAAGCUGCUUGGGGAUCUCCACAGCUGCAGGGUUUGCUGUCCCCACUCACGUGGGCUCCCUGGUCUCUGUCACCUGUUUUCCUAUUCAGCAUUUCCUUGGAUGAUGGUGCUCUGUUUCCUGAGCAGAGCCCUGCCACGAGCCAGGCAUUCACCCAGCCCACUGGGGAGGCAACUCUGCUCAGCCAGCAUGAAUAAACCAAUCUUGACUUUAUUCACCAAGAAACCAUGCCCUCUGUGUGAUGAAGCAAAAGAAGUUCUUGAGCCAUACAAGAGAAGGUUCAUUCUGCAGGAGGUGGAUAUCACCCUUCCAGAGAACACAGCCUGGUAUGAUAAAUACAAAUAUGACAUACCUGUUUUUCACUUAAAUGGGAAGUUCCUCAUGAAGCACCGAGUCGACAUUCCGAAGUUUGAGGACCGGCUUAGGAAGCUGGAGCUGCGAAGUGAUGACGGAAACCAGUGAAGAAAAGGCUGCUGCUCUGAGGCAGAUCUGAAAGGUGAAAAGAACUUUGUGAACAAAAACCAAAACAUAUUCAUUAUCUGGCCUUAAAUUUAUUAGGACAUACGAGUGUGAAAAGCUUGAGUGGCUCGUGUGCUGUUUUGUAUUGAUCACCCAGCCCAGCUGCACCAGGAGCCACUUUUCCUGUGCUGUUCAUUUGCUGCUCUCCUGGGCUGCUUUUUGUUCUCUGACAGAAUAAAAGCGGCUUCACAACAGCAGAUGAAGUGAACUCUGUUUGUGUGGGGCUGGCAUGGCCAGGUUUGGGUGGUGGUACAGGGGUGGUUUCUCUGAGAAGCUGCUGGAAGCUUCCCCUGUGUCCCACUGAGCCAACCAGCUCCAGGGUGGAUCCUCUGGGCACAUCUGAGACCAUCAGUGGUGAGGAGGAGGAAGGAGAGAAUGUUUAAUAAAACGGCCACAAACCCUGUUCUCCAUCUCCCUGAACCACUGAGGGGAAGGAGGAAGAGAAAAUUGAGAGUGGAGUUAAGCUUUGGAAGAAGGGAAGGGUGGGAUAAAGGAGUUUUAAAGAUUUAGUUUCUUUGUCUUCAUCCUACUGUGAUUUGAUUGGUAAUAAACUAAUUUCCCUAA